GCUCACUGUGCGGAUCUCGAGGGUCGUAUGGAGAAGCUGCAGAACGAGAGCGCGGCGGUUUGAUACAUUAUUUGCUUAUGACCAGUGUUGCUCAACGGUAUCGACACCAAGUAGCUCAAUGGAUGCUUUGUUGUGCCCACAUACCAACCCGAGCAUUCCGAAGAGCGCAACAGGGAACUGUGUAUCAAGAUAGAAGCUUGGGCGCGGGUCCGCCUAAAGCAGUGACUCAGAUAGCGAAGAGAGAGCCGUUUUUUUCUCCAAAAUCCAAGUCGUGUUUCACUCCCGCGUUCACAAAGGAAAACUUGAAGCUUGACUUGUGUCUAAGAGCCAUGGCGACCGCCACUCAUGUCAAGGUUUCGACAGACGAUACGGGGAUUCUAGGGCUUCGCCAGAACGCUGAUUCUGCAAAAAAGGUUUCAGAAACGCUGCAGGCUGAUCUAGAGAGAUACCAUAUCUUCUUUAACGCGAAGGGUUUUCACAAUCAUCUUGCCCACCACAUUUUAUCCGCCUACGCAUUGGGAGCCUCCGCAGACCUUCUACAGCAGAUUUUUGACCGGGCUGCUGCCUACCAGCUUCCUUCUCGCCCAGUCGAUGAAGCGAUAGUACAGAAACUGGGCGACAAGGCCCAAUUUAGUGCUUUUCUAGGAAUUCGAGAUCAAUAUCCUAAUUUCCUGGUGUAUUUUCAGCGCCAAAUUGAAAAGAGGGGGAUGGAAGUAGUGGUAAAUGAGUAUCUUUUUGCUGCGGAUAAGCUUGCGGAUGAUAUGCUCGUUCGGCUGUUUGCUGGGCUCAUUCAUCCGUUUAUCCAACUCGGAUUCGGCGUUGAGUUCAAUCAGCCUGCCAUUGUCGCAGAGGCUCUUGCGGAAACUGCGGUUCAUGAAUCGAAUCUUACAUUCCUCUUGCCAGCUGAAGAGGCAGCAGGUGGCGUUGGGAAGGAGGGCAAGAAGUCUCUCGUUCAUCUCCAGCAAGAAAUUCGCUCCAACACCCAAAUCCGGGAAGCCGUGCGCUGGGAAGAUGUGAACAAGAUCGAUGGAAUGCUGGCUCGAGCGCCAGACGAGAUCAUCAAAAUUACUAGCCAAUUUUCAGUGGGCCCAGACCAGUUGGAACUGAAGCUAGCCGAACUGUUGAACGCUGUUGCUUAUUUCGCCGGUGCAGCGCAGCGUCCUCAAAAGAGGGUUAAAUUCGACUUUUUUUACAUGCACUGUGUCACCAGCGCAAUUUUCUUGGCUUCAUUUGUCUCUCAGCCCUGGAUCAGUAAGCAGAGCAGAUUACGCAUCCUGGAAUGGAAAGGUCGUAUGGACCUGGCGACGUACGCCUCUCGCGGUGCAGCGGAGCUACGACAGGAGGAGAUUACAGACUAUGAGCCAAAGCUGUCAUGGGAGGAAGUUUUCGCCCAAGCCAUUAAUCAUCCCCAAGAUGACGGACAUGCGUCAAAAUUCAUCCGCACACUUGCUUUUGGCGAGAAGCUUUGUAAACCGUUUGAGACGGAUGAGAAGUGUCGAGAUGUGUUCUUAGUCAACGGAGAUAUGUGGAUCAAGUUAGCGAACAUGGCGCUCGCCCUGGUCAUCGCCCAUUUGAACUAG